UCCUCUUCCAACUCGGCACACGCGCUGGGGCAGGGAUGGCAGCCACUGCCUCUGACCCUCACCUCCCAGCCCUCGCUGAGCCCAGCUGCCACCCGUGGGAACCCACAGGAUUGCUCCGAGCACACGGAAUGGAUUUCUGAGGGAGAAGCUGGAAGAGCAGGCCCCCGGAAGUCAGCAUGCCGCUCGCGUGGGCCACCUCUCUCUUCCUACUGAUGCUCCAGGGUGAUGCCUGGGGUUGCUCAGACCUUGUUUGCUACAGUGAUUACUUCCAGACGAUCACCUGCAUCCUGGAGACAUGGAACCUCCACCCCAGCACGCUCACCCUCACCUGGCAAGACCCGGAAGAAGACCUGAAGGAUGAGGUCACCUCCUGCAGCCUCCGCCGGUCCAGCCACAAUGCAACACAUGCCAAGUACACGUGCCACAUGGAUGUGUUUUCCUUCGUGGGCGACGACAUUUUCAGUGUCAACAUGACAGACCAGUCUGGCAACCACUCCCAGGAGUGCGGCAGCUUUAUGCUGGCUGAGAGCAUCAAACCAUCUCCUCCUUUCAACGUGACCGUGACCUUCUCGGGACAUUAUAACAUCUCCUGGAGCUCCAAUUAUGAGUCCUUCGCCCUCAAGGGCAAGCUUCAGUAUGAGCUGCAGUACAGGAGGCUGGGAGACCCCUGGACUCUGAGUCCAGGCAGAAAGCUGAUCUCGGUGGAUUCCAGAAGUGUCUCCCUCCUUCCCUUGGAGUUCCACAAAAACUCCAAAUAUGAGCUGCAGGUACGGGCAGGGCCCCAGCCUGGCUCCUCUUUCCAGGGGACCUGGAGCGAGUGGAGUGUCCCAGUCAUCUUUCAUACCCAGUCGGAAGAGACAGAGGGAGGCUGGUUCACGGUGCUGCGGUAUCUCCCCGUGGUCUUCACACUCACCGUGCUUGUCUACCUGGGCCUGAAGACCUGCCUGCCUGGGAGGCUGUGGAAGGUGUGGGUGCAGGUGCCCAGCCCAAAGCCAUUCUUCCAACCCCUCUAUGAGGGCCACAGUGGAGACUUCAAGAAAUGGGUGGGCACUCCCUUUGCUGCCUCCAGCCUGGAGCUGGGCCCCUGGAGCCCAGGGGCGCUGUCGGCCCUGGAGGUGCACAACUGCUGCCCACCACUGAGUGCAGCCAAGGGGCUGGUGCUUACGGUACUUCCAGGGCCUGUGGAUUUGGUGGAAUCAGACGGGGUGCCUCCGCCGGGCUCCUGGGGCCCGGCCCCCUCCACUGUGGGCAGCUUGGCCGGCUCAGCCUUCAGCCAGGAGCCAGAUCGGCCGUACGGCGUGGUGUCCAUCAGCACAGUGCUGGUGGGGGGUGCAGAAGAGCCGUGCACGUGGCCCUGCACCUGUGAGGACGAUGGCUACCCAGCGCUGAACCUGGACGCCAGCCUGGAGCCGGGCCCGGGCACCGAGGACCCGCUCUUGGGCAUGGGGGCCACAGUUCUGUCCUGUGGCUGCGUGGCAGCUGAUGGGCCUGCUGGGCUGGGGGACCCGCUGGGCAGCUUCCUGGACAGACUAAAGCUGCCCCUUGAGGAAGAGGCGGGUUGGGCGCCGGGGCCGCCCUGGGGUGGCCGGCCGCCCCGAGGGGUGUCGGACAGCGAGGUGGGCUCGCCCCCCGCGGGCCUGGACAUGGACACGUUUGACAGCGGUUUCGCAGGCUCAGACUGCGGCAGCCCCGUGGAGUGUGACUUCAGCAGCCCCAGGGACGAGGGGCCCCCCAGGAGCUACCUCCGCCAGUGGGUGGUCAUGGCCCCUCCCCCUGAGGGACCUGCACCCCAGGCCAGCUAGUGAGGCUGACUGGCCGUCCAGAGCGGGCCGUGCCCCUGGGCUGCGGUGUGAAGAGGUCUGCAGCCUUUGGUCUCCUUGUCCGGGCCCCAAGCCUGGAGUAUAUGACGUGUGUGUGCGGCUCAGGUGCACACUGGUGUCUGCGUGUGUCAGCAUCACGCGAGCCUGUGCACACGGUGGCCGCCUCCCUCCCUGCCUGGCACAUGGGGUGGCUCCAGGGUCACGUGCUGAGAAGCUGGUCCAGUUCUACCCACAGGGCUUCCUGGGACCAGGGCAGUGCCUGUGACAGACUCCAGGUCCUGUGUCCCCAGGAGCCACAAGAAGCCAUACUGUUCCUUAUCCAGGGGAUGGAGUGAGCCCACAGUGACCCUGGGUGGGGGGAGAUUGGAGGGGGUCCGUGGACCUAGGUCUGAGUCCCAAGUCUGACGCCUCCUGGCUGGGCCACCUUGAGCCCAGCUGGGCCAACUCUCUCCCCGUCUCUGGGCUGGGGUUUCCUGUGUGGACAAUGUGGAUGGCAUGACCACCGUUUGGGGGAGAUCAGUGAGCUUACCCACGUAGCGUGCAGCCCAGAGUAGACCCUCAAUAAACGUCAGCUUCCUUCCUUCUGUGGCAGGACCAGGGCUUGCGCUGCAGGUGGGUGGGGGUGAGAAAACAGCCACAGCCCGGCCUGCCUGGGGGCCGGGCUGACCCCACCCUGCAGGAGGCCACUGGAGGAGUUUCCGGGCUUAACAUCAGGCAGCUGUGAUCUUUUAAGACAGCCCCCCACCAACCAAGAUUUUUUUUUUCCUCUGGCUCCUGCUGCCCAUUUAUAAAUUCCCUUUUUAUACCCAAGAAAUAUUUAUUGAGCACGGUAUGGGCUGGGCAUUGUGUCGAGUGUUGAGGGACAGGGUGAGGGCCCCCAAGACCCCCCCCUUGGUGCUUACGGUAGGGAUGGGGGCAGAGAGGACGCAGCAGUUGUGACACAGGCACUCCCAUUCCCCUGGCAUCUUGUUUACUCAUCUUGGGAAAUUAGAGGGAAGUCAAGUUCUUGUUCAUUUGUCAUAGUCUGUUGAAAUGUGAAUAAAAAGCCGAGAAAAUUGCCAUAUUGUGAAGGCACCUUACUGGACUUCAGAUUUGCAUGAGGGCAGAUAUAAAUGCUACACACUGCACACAGCUCACACUGGUUGUUUUUUUUUAAGAAAAUAGAUUGUUUUCCCCCAGUG